GCCCGCGCGCCCGCCGCCUCGCUGCCUGCCUGCCUGCCCGGCCGGCGGCGGGCCCAGGCCGUCCCGAUGCCCGAGCCCGGCCCCAGGAUGAACGGCUUCUCGCUGGGCGAGCUGUGCUGGCUCUUCUGCUGCCCGCCCUGCCCGAGCCGCAUCGCCGCCAAGCUGGCCUUCCUGCCGCCCGAGCCCACCUACACGGUGCUGGCGCCCGAGCAGCGCGGCCCGGGCCCCGGCGCGCCCGCCCCGGCCCCGGCCCCCGCGGCCACCGCGGCGCAGGCGGCCGAGGAGGGCGCGGGCCCGGGCGCGUGCAGCCUGCACCUGAGCGAGCGCGCCGACUGGCAGUACUCGCAGCGCGAGCUGGACGCCGUCGAGGUCUUCUUCUCGCGCACGGCCCGCGACAACCGGCUGGGCUGCAUGUUCGUGCGCUGCGCGCCCUCCAGCCGCUACACGCUGCUCUUCUCGCACGGCAACGCCGUGGACCUGGGCCAGAUGUGCAGCUUCUACAUCGGCCUGGGCUCGCGCAUCAACUGCAACAUCUUCUCCUACGACUACUCGGGCUACGGCGUCAGCUCGGGCCGGCCCUCCGAGAAGAACCUCUACGCGGACAUCGACGCCGCCUGGCAGGCGCUCCGCACCCGGUACGGCGUGAGCCCCGAGAACAUCAUCCUGUACGGGCAGAGCAUCGGGACCGUGCCCACGGUGGACCUGGCCUCCAGGUACGAGUGUGCCGCCGUCAUCCUGCACUCACCACUGAUGUCCGGUUUGCGCGUGGCCUUUCCCGACACCAGGAAAACGUACUGCUUCGAUGCCUUCCCCAGCAUCGACAAGAUCUCGAAGGUCACCUCUCCCGUGCUGGUCAUUCACGGGACCGAGGACGAGGUCAUCGACUUCUCCCAUGGCCUGGCCAUGUACGAGCGCUGCCCCCGAGCCGUGGAGCCCCUCUGGGUCGAAGGGGCCGGGCACAAUGACAUAGAGCUUUACGCACAAUACCUGGAGAGACUAAAACAGUUCAUAUCUCACGAGCUUCCUAACUCCUGAAGACAACUUGAUUUUACCUCGCUUACUGUGAACACAAAGGGUCCUCUGGCUCGGGCGACCUCUGGGGAGGGCCGGCCUAUAGGGCGUGGUCCUCAGGGAGCUGGGGAAGCCUCAGGCUCGCGGCCAGAGGAUUUCUACUAAUACACACCCACCACCCUUUCCACCGCACUGUGCGGCUGCCCACCUCGCGUCCUUGCAGGGACUGGGGGCGAGGGCCGGCGGCGGGGCGGGUUCUUGGCGCUGUGUAAAGGAUGCUCCCCUCCAGGUCUCCGGCUUCCCUGUCACCUAGGAUUCACUGACACAGGCCUCUCCCCGCCCUCCCCACGUCCUCCGCCCUCCCGGGGUCAAUGCCUUGGUGAAGCUGUGCGGGAGCGGCUGGAAGACCGGUGACAGAAAUGUCCUCCUAUCUCCUGCGAACAUGCCGGCCUUUCCCCCACACAGGUCACUGGAAGGGUAACUGGCUGGCACCAUCCCGAACAGCUUCACCUGCUGGAACCAUAGAAAUAUAACUGGAAUAUUCUUAAACUGAAAGAAACUGGAUUUUUUUUAAGUGUAAAUUUAUUACUAGCGAACAGAAUUUUCCUAUUUUGACUGGCUGGUCUAAUGACAGGAGCCUAACCGACUUUCCUCCUGGCGAGUCCACUUUGUAGGCUUUUUAAAAAAAGUCCUGUAGAUAAAUUUGCAACACAUUUGUGCAUAGAUUCCUAAUGGAUAGUUGUCCUUCGUCAGGAUUCAACUGCAAAUUCCUUGUUUGUAAUGUAAAUGAUUGGAUACAUUUUGUUAAUAUGUUUUUAUUCCUAUGUUUUGCUAUCAAAAAAUUUUAUAACAUUUCCAAGACAAAAAAAAAAGACCAGUUUAGGCUUUGAAGAAUUUAUGUAAUUAAAACUUCACAGAACUAAUCUUUUUACUUUCGCAGGUAUUUAGGUUUUGACACUGGAGUUGCAUCUUACAAGCAUCAGAAAUAGAAGAUGCUUGAAAUUGCUACACUGCUCAGAUUGGUUGAGGGUUUGGGUUUGGAGGGGUUUUUGUUUUGUUUUGUUUUGUUUUACUUUUUUUUUUCUCCAAAUUUAAAAGCCUUAAAUGUACUGUGAGCCUCAGAUUGUUGUGCGGCUGGACCGAGGUCGAGCACCGGUUUGUGUACUGUGGCCUGGGCGAGGCCCAGCGGUUGGUCACGGAAUAAAGGAUGCAUGGAUCAGA